AUGAACUUUCACACAUAUCAUGGUGUACCAAUUGUUGGUAAAAUUCCUACCACGUUACCCAAACCAAGAUUACCUCGUUUUGAUAUUGUCGCUGAUUGUUUCCCAUAUGCUAUCGGUAUUGCUGCUGUUACUGUUGCUAUUCAUAUAUCGAUGGCUAAGAUGUUAGCUAAACGAAUGAAAUAUGAUCUUGACGCUAAACAGGAGCUAUAUGCAUUAGGUUUUACAACAGUUCUCAGUAGUUUCUUCCCUAUUUAUCCGGUAGCUACAGCUCUUGCUCGGACAAUGGUCAGUGUUGAAGUUGGCACAAGAACUCAGUUUUCUGCUGUAUCAAGCUGUUUAUUAUUGUUGGCGGUUAUUCUAGUCCUUGGACCGUUACUGAAUGCAUUACCAAUGUGUAUAUUGGCUGUUAUUAUUCUGAUGUCACUUCGUUCGAUGUUUCAAAAAUUUACCGAAUUACCAAAAAUUUGGCCUGUUUCUAAAAUCGAUUUCCUUAUUUGGCUUGUAGCAUUUGUGACAACUGUUGCAUUUGAUGUUAUGAUUGGUUUGAUAAUUUCAGUUCUUUUUGCUUUAAUGACACUUAUUUUCCGAUCACAAUGGCCACGUUGGGAAAGAUUAGUUCAAUUAUCAGCAUCUAAACCAUAUUUUGAUAAUCCAAAACGUUAUAUCGCAGAAGCAAAUAAUCCUAAUAUCCGAUUAUAUCGUUUCGAAUCACCACUAUUAUUCAACAAUGUGGAACGUUUCAAAUUAAGCAUAUAUAAUGCGAUAAAGGAUUGGGACAGUAAAGUUGAUACAAUUGUAAGAAUUAUAUUGAAUUGA